AUGAGCGCUUUCGAUGAGGACGAGGUGAAUCCUUUCUCGACUCUUGAAUCUUAUGAACGUGUUGCACCAAUAGAUAUUCCUCUUGAUACUUCUGCCAAGAGUUUAAAAGGAAAGGAGAAGGAACUCAGAGAAAAAGAGGCUGAACUGCAAAGGCGAGAAGAGGUGAUUCUUAAGGAGGAAGCACUUGCCCAAUCUAGAGUAGAAAUAGAGGAGAAAAUUUGGCCGCCAUUCUUUCCUAUUAUUCAUCACAACAUUUCAAAGGAAAUACCCAUCCACCUACAACAUAUGCAAUAUGUUGCUUUCACGACAUUGUUAGGUUUGCUUCUGUGCCUUACAUGGAAUGUAAUAGCUGUUACUACAGCCUGGAUCGAAGGACAAGGUCCAAUAAUCUGGUUACUUUCCAUUAUUUAUUUGAUAAAUGCGGUUCCUGGAGCCUACUUCUUGUGGUAUCAGCUGCUAUAUCGUGCCAUGAGGACUGAUAGUUCAUUCAAUUUUGGAUGGUUUUUCUUGUUUUACCCGUUCCAUAUAGCCUUCUGUGUUUUUGCUACAGUUACUCCUCCAUUUCUUUUCGACUGGAACUCUCUAACGGGAAUUAUGCCUGCAAUAAGCCUUUUCAGAUAUAGUGCAUCAACCGGGAUAUUUUACUUCAUCGGUUUCGCAUUCUUUUGCCUCGAAUCAUUGCUUAGUAUCUGGGUUAUUCAGCAAGUUUUAGUGUACUUACGACGUAGCGGUAAAGCUGCGGAAAUAAAGCGCGAGGCCGCAAAGAAAGCCGUUGCAGCAGCGCUAUGAUUCCGAUCACCAGGCUGCAUUGUAGGUUGGCUUGAGUAUCUUCUACCAUCAAUUCAUUCACUUAUUUGUUUAUCUUUUUGCUCGAAUCAUCGGUUCCUUCAUUGCCUAAUCAUUUCAUUGAUAUGUUCUUUGAGCAUAAUAUUUUCUCAACGCAUUGAGAAAAGCCGGUUUCCUCCACCAGGUUAAU